AUGGACAACGCGGGCAAGGAACGGGAGGCGGUCCAGCUGAUGGCAGAGGCCGAGAAGCGUGUGAAAUCCUCCCAUUCGUUCUUGAGAGGGUUGUUUGGAGGAAAUACAAGAAUAGAAGAGGCAUGUGAAAUGUAUACAAGAGCUGCAAACAUGUUCAAGAUGGCCAAAAACUGGAGUGUUAUUUCUUCAUCUGCAGGAAAUGCCUUUUGUCAGGCUGCCAAGCUCCAUAUGCAACUACAAAGCAAACAUGAUUCUGCUACAAGUUUUGUAGAUGCUGGAAAUGCUUAUAAAAAGGCAGAUCCACAAGAGGCUAUCAACUGCUUAAAUGCAGCCAUCGAUAUUUACACAGACAUGGGAAGAUUUACAAUUGCAGCCAAGCAUCAUAUUACCAUUGCUGAGAUAUAUGAAACUGAGCUGGUAGACAUUGAGAAGGCUAUUGCACAUUAUGAGCAAUCAGCUGACUAUUAUAAAGGAGAAGAAUCAAACAGUUCAGCCAACAAGUGUCUUCUGAAGGUGGCAGCAUAUGCAGCUCAACUAGAACAAUAUCAGAAAGCAAUUGAAAUCUAUGAGCAGGUUGGGGCAAACACUAUGGACAAUCCUUUGUUGAAGUACAGUGCAAAAGAUUACUUCUUUAAAGCAGCCCUUUGUCACUUCAUUGUUGAUGAAUUGAAUGCUAAGCUUGCACUUGAAAAAUAUGAAGAGAUGUUUCCAGCAUUUACUGAUUCAAGGGAAUGCAAAUUAUUAAAAAAACUGCUAGAAGCUCAUGAGGAACAGAACAGUGAAGCUUAUACUGAAGCGGUUAAAGAAUUUGAUUCAAUAUCUCGCUUGGAUCAGUGGCUUACUACUAUGUUGCUUCGGAUCAAAAAAUCAAUUCAAGGGGAUGGAGAAGUAGAUGGAGACCUGAAGUGAAUUGCCUAUAAUCUUUGUGGCAUGCAGCCUAACUCCUAUUUAUAUAUAUGU